AUGCGGGGCUCGGGGCCCCGCGCCGCGAGAAGCCAGCGGGCGCCGGGCGGCGGCGGCGGCUACACCUCCGGCCCCUCUGCGUCCCUGGCCGGCUGCUGCUCCGCACCUCGCAUGGCUCCCCUCUGGACGUGCCUUCUCCUGUGCGCCGCGCUCCGGACCCUCCUGGCCAGCCCUAGCAAUGAAGUGAAUUUGUUGGAUUCACGCACGGUCAUGGGAGACUUAGGAUGGAUUGCUUUUCCCAAAAAUGGCUGGGAAGAGAUUGGUGAAGUGGAUGAAAACUAUGCCCCUAUCCACACAUACCAAGUAUGCAAAGUUAUGGAACAGAAUCAGAACAACUGGCUUUUGACCAGUUGGAUCUCCAACGAAGGUGCUUCCAGAAUCUUCAUAGAGCUCAAGUUCACCUUGCGGGACUGCAACAGCCUUCCCGGAGGACUGGGAACCUGCAAAGAAACUUUCAACAUGUACUACUUUGAGUCUGACGAUGAAAACGGGAGAAGCAUCAAGGAAAACCAGUACAUCAAAAUCGAUACCAUUGCUGCUGACGAGAGCUUUACGGAACUCGACCUCGGUGACCGUGUCUUGAAGCUGAAUACAGAGGUCAGAGACGUAGGGCCUCUGACCAGAAAGGGCUUCUAUCUUGCUUUCCAAGACGUUGGUGCCUGCAUUGCUCUGGUUUCUGUGCGUGUGUACUAUAAGAAAUGCCCUUCUGUGGUGCGACACUUGGCUGUCUUCCCUGACACCAUCACCGGAGCAGAUUCUUCGCAGUUGCUGGAAGUGUCAGGCUCCUGUGUCAACCAUUCUGUGACAGAUGAACCUCCCAAAAUGCACUGCAGUGCGGAGGGGGAGUGGCUGGUGCCCAUCGGGAAAUGCAUGUGCAAGGCAGGAUAUGAGGAGAAAAAUGGCACCUGCCAAGUGUGCAGACCUGGGUUCUUCAAAGCCUCACCUCACAGCCAGAGCUGCAGCAAAUGUCCACCUCACAGUUACACCCAUGAGGAAGCAUCCACCUCUUGUGUCUGUGAAAAGGAUUAUUUCAGGAGGGAGUCUGAUCCACCCACAAUGGCAUGCACAAGACCCCCCUCAGCCCCUCGGAAUGCCAUCUCAAAUGUUAAUGAGACUAGUGUCUUUCUGGAAUGGAUUCCGCCUGCUGACACUGGUGGAAGGAAAGAUGUGUCCUAUUAUAUUGCAUGCAAGAAGUGCAACUCCCAUGCAGGUGUGUGUGAGGAGUGUGGCCGUCAUGUCAGGUACCUCCCCCAGCAAAUCGGCCUGAAAAACACCUCUGUCAUGAUGGUGGAUCUGCUCGCUCACACAAACUAUACCUUUGAGAUUGAGGCAGUGAACGGAGUGUCCGACUUGAGCCCAGGAGCCCGGCAGUAUGUGUCUGUAAAUGUAACCACAAAUCAAGCAGCCCCCUCACCAGUCACUAAUGUGAAGAAGGGGAAGAUUGCCAAAAACAGCAUCUCUCUGUCUUGGCAAGAGCCGGAUCGCCCCAAUGGAAUCAUCCUAGAAUAUGAAAUCAAAUAUUUUGAAAAGGACCAAGAGACCAGCUACACAAUUAUCAAAUCUAAAGAGACAACCAUUACCGCAGAGGGCCUGAAACCAGCGUCAGUAUAUGUCUUCCAAAUUCGAGCACGUACAGCAGCAGGCUAUGGGGUCUUCAGUCGAAGAUUUGAGUUUGAAACCAUCCCAGUGUCAGUUGCAGCAUCCAGCGAUCAAAGCCAGAUUCCUAUAAUUGCUGUGUCUGUGACAGUGGGAGUCAUUUUGUUGGCAGUGGUUAUCGGCUUCCUCCUCAGUGGAAGUUGCUGCGAAUGUGGCUGUGGAAGGGCUUCUUCCCUGUGCGCUGUUGCCCAUCCAAGCCUAAUAUGGCGGUGUGGCUACAGCAAAGCAAAGCAAGACCCGGAAGAGGAAAAGAUGCAUUUUCAUAAUGGGCACAUUAAACUGCCUGGAGUAAGAACUUACAUUGAUCCGCAUACCUAUGAGGAUCCCAACCAAGCUGUACAUGAAUUUGCCAAAGAGAUAGAAGCUUCAUGUAUUACCAUCGAAAGAGUUAUUGGAGCAGGUGAAUUUGGCGAAGUGUGUAGUGGACGUCUGAAGCUACCAGGUAAAAGAGAAUUACCUGUGGCUAUCAAAACCCUGAAGGUGGGCUACACUGAGAAGCAGCGCAGAGAUUUCCUUGGUGAAGCAAGCAUCAUGGGGCAGUUCGAUCACCCUAACAUCAUCCACUUGGAAGGGGUUGUGACCAAGAGUAAACCCGUGAUGAUUGUGACAGAGUACAUGGAGAAUGGCUCUCUCGAUACAUUUUUAAAGAAGAACGACGGGCAGUUCACAGUGAUUCAGCUCGUUGGCAUGCUGAGAGGCAUCGCUGCAGGAGUGAAGUACCUGUCUGACAUGGGCUACGUGCACCGAGACCUUGCUGCCAGGAACAUCUUAAUCAACAGUAACCUUGUGUGCAAAGUGUCUGACUUUGGACUUUCCAGGGUCCUGGAAGAUGAUCCUGAGGCAGCCUACACCACAAGGGGAGGCAAAAUUCCAAUCAGAUGGACUGCCCCAGAAGCAAUCGCUUUCCGAAAGUUCACCUCCGCCAGUGAUGUCUGGAGCUAUGGAAUCGUAAUGUGGGAAGUUGUGUCUUAUGGAGAGAGACCCUACUGGGAGAUGACCAAUCAAGAUGUGAUUAAAGCAGUAGAGGAAGGCUACCGUCUGCCAAGCCCCAUGGACUGCCCUGCUGCUCUCUAUCAACUAAUGCUGGACUGCUGGCAGAAGGACCGAAAUAGUAGGCCCAAGUUUGAUGAAAUAGUCAACAUGCUGGACAAGCUGAUACGCAACCCAAGUAGUCUGAAGACAUUGGUUAAUGCAUCAAGCAGAGUAUCUAAUUUAUUGGCAGAACAUGUCCCACUAGGAUCUGGGGCCUACAGAUCAGUAGGUGAAUGGCUAGAAGCAAUCAAGAUGGGCCGGUAUACAGAGAUUUUCAUGGAAAAUGGAUACAGUUCUAUGGACGCUGUGGCUCAGGUGACCUUGGAGGAUUUGAGGCGGCUUGGAGUGACUCUUGUCGGUCACCAGAAGAAGAUCAUGAACAGCCUUCAAGAGAUGAAGGUGCAGCUGGUAACCGGGAUGGUGCCGUUGUAA